AAGCGCCAUAAAACUGACGCGUCUUUGGCAAGGGUGGGGACGUCCUCCAUACUGGAAUGGUAUACAACGGUAUAUGUGAAGUAGAAUUGGCGAUAUAAAUCAUACUGUCAUGGCUGAUUCAGAUGAUGAGUACGAUCGUAAAAGGCGUGAUAAGUUUCGAGGUGAAAGAACAGAAUCAUACUCUAGGGAAGGUCGUAGAGAUGAUCGACGUAGAGAAGAAUGGGUCGAUAGUGAUUAUUCCAGAGAAUGGUCCAGCCGCCCUCGUGCACGGCCGGAUUAUAGAGAAUACAGGGGCGGUGGAGGUGGUGGUGGUCGUGAAAGAUACAGUCCUGCAAGAUCCCAAGAAAUGGCACCACCUAUGAAGAGAAUGCGUACCGAUUGGGACGAUAGACCGCGCUACGGUCAUGAUUAUUACGGCGGCGGUAGUUCUUGGGGUCCGGAUCACUAUCCCCCACCUCACCAUGGCAACCAUCACUAUGGCAAUCAUAGUAACAGCAGCAGACCGUUCUCUAUUCAAAGUAGUCGUGAAGUGAGUGGAAACUUCAGUAAUUCAAAUGUUGAGACCCAACCACCGAUGAUGACCUUCAAAGCUUUCCUUGGGACACAAGAGGACACCAUUACAGACGAAGAAGCUAUAAAACGCUAUAACGAGUACAAAUUAGAGUUCAGACGACAGCAGCUGAAUGAGUUCUUCGUGGCACACAAAGAUGAGGAAUGGUUCAAGAUAAAGUACCAUCCUGAGGAAUCUAUCAAGAGAAAGUAUGAGCAGGUAUCUGCGCUUAAAAAACGUGUGGAGGUAUUUUUGGAAAUGCUUGAUACGGGUGGAAUAGACAAAGUCUCAGUGGAUGCCGAUCAAGCGGAUGUACUUUUACAUCUUUUGGAUGCAGUUGUAAUAAAGUUGGAGGGUGGUACUGAAGAGGAUCUUAAAGUUCUUGACGCGAAACCUCUUCACCACCCAGUGCCAAAAGAGCCAGUAGUAACAGUUAAGGAGAAAGAAGAAGUCAAAGAGCAAAAGAACAAAGUGGAUAUCCAGAAGAAGCCUGAAAGCAGUGAUCCUGAAAAAGUCGAGGAUUCCACAAAUGAUAAGAAGGGUGAUGAGGAAGAGCAAAAUGGUGACGUUGAACUGAAAGAAGUCGAAAAGGAAGCAGAAGCGGAAGUAGCGGUUGAACAGGUUGAUGAAAAUCUAGAAGAAAUGAAAGCUGACGAUGAGACUCCAGUGUCUGAAGAAACAGUAGAAAAACCUGCUGAGGUCAAUUCGAAGAAACGUAAGCGCACUGACAGCAACAGCAGCAGCAGCAGUACUAGUAUUAGUAGUUCAUCGGACAGUGACAGUAACAAACCAGAUACGCCAAAGGCUGAUACUCCUACCGAGGAGAAACCAGCAGAUAAGUCUGAGAAGGAAGCUGAUAAGGAGACUAAGGAGGAGGACGAUGAGGAGGAUAAGGGCGAAGUGGAAUGUGUCGAAACAAAAAAAGAUGCACUAGAACCCGAAGCAGUCAUUGACUUAGCAAGCGAGGAUAAAGAUAAGGAACCACGAGCUCUUCAUAAGACCAGCAGCAUCUUCCUCAGAAACUUGGCUCCUACUAUAACCAAAGCGGAAGUCGAGGCGAUGUGCAAACGUUUUCCUGGAUUCUUACGUGUUGCCAUUGCCGAUCCACAACCUGAACGUCGCUGGUUCCGUCGCGGUUGGGUAUCCUUUGAACGUCAAGUGAACAUCAAGGAGAUUUGCUGGAGUCUCAAUAAUAUUCGGCUACGUGAUUGCGAACUGGGCGCCAUAGUGAACCGAGACCUUUCUCGACGUAUUCGUACCGUGAAUGGAUUAACGUCCCAUAAACAAAUUGUCCGCCAUGAUAUUAAACUGAGUGCAAAAAUUGUACACAACUUAGACAACAGAGUAGGUCUCUGGAAUGAAGAGAGGAAGGAUGACAAUGCCACGAAAGAUGAAGAUAAAGAAAAUAAAGCAGCUCAAAGCGCCAACGAAGCCGAACAAGCUGCGUUUGGAUUAUCCUCGAAGAAUCCUGUGCUCAAGAAUAUUACAGAUUAUCUUAUUGAAGAGGCAUCUGCAGAAGAAGAGGAACUAUUGGGAAUGUCAGGUGAUCAGGAAGAAGGGCAACUUGGUGGAGAUGGCGAUGGACCAAUCGAAAGGGAUCCCAAUCUCAUAAAGGUCUUGGAUAGGUUAGUCUUGUACCUACGGAUAGUGCACUCUGUCGAUUAUUAUAAUCACUGCGAAUAUCCCAACGAGGAUGAGAUGCCGAACAGAUGUGGAAUAAUGCACGUGAGAGGCUCUCCUCCCAAUACCAAAGUUUCUAGUACCGAGUUGUCUGAAUACUGUAGAAAUUUUGAAAGUAAAAUGGCCGCCUUCCUAGCGCCCGUAGCUACUCUUUCAUCUGAAGAAUUCGACAAACUUGGUGCAAAGAACGCUGAAGCUGAAGUUGAAAAAUUCGUGCAAGCCAACACCCAGGAAAUUUCUAAGGACAAAUGGCUGUGUCCACUCAGCGGCAAGAAGUUUAAGGGUCCUGACUUCAUUCGCAAACAUAUCUUCAACAAGCACGGUGAAAAGGUUGCGGAGGUCAAAGCAGAAGCGGAAUAUUUCAACAAUUAUCUCAAGGAUCCUAAGCGACCGCAGCUUCCUGAACAUCCAGGAAAUAAGGCACCACCUAGGGAAGGACCACGAGAAGGAUUCCCACCUUAUGGUUGUGGAGCCUUUGGAGGAUACGGCGGUGGCGGUGGAGGCGGCGGUGGCGGCGGCGGUGGUGGUGGCUAUGGAGGCGGUCGAGGAGGAUACGGUUCCGGCUAUGGAGGUGGUUUUGGAGGAGGUUUUGGUAUGCCUCGUCCAAAUCGUGGCGGUUUCAACAGGGGACGGGCUGCUCCGGAUUCGACGUCGAGGCCCAUUAUUAGUUAUAACGACUUGGACCAGCCUGACGUGGACAUAUUCUAAGUUUUAAUAACAACCGCGAUUUUUCACUUGGUAAUACGGCCAAGGACGAUUUCACAAUGUCGGAUGUCAUUCGUGCCAGCAGAUUCUUAUCUGGAUUACGUAACACAUGAAAUCACAAAAAAAAAAAAGAAAGAAAGGAAUAGUGAGAGAGACAAUGCGAAAAAAUGGGGAAGUGAAAGAAAAUAGACAAACCAAAAACCUUGCCAUUCGCGCUUACAUAUAUUUUCCCACAGUGUUGUCUUAUACCGUGUUACAAAAUCAGCACAAAAACUUUUAACCGCGCUUACCGUUAUCUUGCGACUUUCUGUGCACAAUAACAAACAAGAUACGAUUUUACAUUAAACAGACGAAAUUUAUUCGAUAUUAAACGUCUCGUGAGAUUGUCCACGUGACGUAUCGAUUAAAUAAUUUUUCUCGAAGCGAACGUACGAUCCAUCGUCCAAUAAAAAUUUACAUUUUAUAAAUUGAUAUCUGUAAGUAGCAGCCAUCGGCAAUUGGUCGAUCCUGCGACGUAGACACGGCAGACUAACGUAAAGGAAAAGAAAUAAAUAUAUUCCUUGCUGA